CCGCUCCCGGCGCGAUGCGGGCCGAGCUGCGGGGCCUGGCCGGGCCCGUGCCGCUGCCCGACGGGCAGCCCGUGGUGCUGGGCCGCGGGCCGCUCACCGGCGUCACCGACCGCAAGUGCUCCCGGCGGCAGGUGGAGAUCGUGGCCAACUACGCCGAGGGCACGGCCCGGGUCACACAGCACGGGGUGAACCCCAGCUCCGCGGGGGGCUCGGUGCUGGGCCGGGGGGGCUGCGGGACCCUCGCCCCCGGCCAGACCCUGCUGCUGGUCAACGGGAGGUACCCCCUGGUGCUGCACUUCCAGGGGUCCCCCCGCCCCAAAAAACGCCCGGCCAGCCCCCCCGAGGAGCCCCCCCCGGCCCGCCGAGCCCCCCCGAGCCCCCCGAGCCCGGCCCCGGGCGGGUGGCAGAAGCUGGGACCCCUCCUCAUCCUCACCCCCGUGGGGCUGCGGCCCAGCGCCAAGAUCGCCGGGUUCGACCUGGACGGGACCCUCAUCACCACCCGCUCCGGGAAGGUGUUUCCCACCAGCCCCGACGACUGGAGGAUUUUGUACCCCGAGAUCCCCAAGAAGCUGAAGCAGCUGCAGGAGGAGGGGUAUAAGCUCGUGGUGUUCACCAACCAGCUGGGGAUCUCGCGGGGCCGCCUGCGCCCGGAGCUGUUCCAGGCCAAGGUGGAGGCGGUGAUGGAGCGGCUCGGGGUGGCCCUGCAGGUGCUGGUGGCCACCGGGCCGGGGAUCUACAGGAAACCAGUGCUGGGAAUGUGGGACCACCUGUGCCAGGAGGCGAACGGGGACGUGACGGUGUCGGUGCCCGACAGCUUCUACGUGGGGGAUGCUGCCGGACGCCCCCCGAACUGGGCCCCGGGGCGGAAGAAAAAGGAUUUCUCCUGCAGCGACCGAUUGUUCGCUCUCAACGCGGGGCUGCGGUUCCUGACUCCUGAGGAAGAGUUCCUGGGAUGGGCCCGAGCUCCCUUUGAGCUCCCAGCCUUCGACCCCCGCCGUCUGGACUCCGAAUCCCCUCAAGAACCCCCCGAGGCCGAGCUGGUGUCGGACAGGCCCGAGGUGCUGCUGACCGUUGGAUUUCCUGGGG